CUUAUUCAUAAUGGUUAAGCGCACAAAGAAAGUCGGAAUCACCGGUAAAUACGGUACCCGUUAUGGUGCCUCUCUCAGAAAGACUGUAAAGAAGAUGGAAAUCACUCAACACUCCACUUACACCUGUACUUUCUGUGGUAAGGAUGCUGUUAAGCGUUCUGCUGUUGGUAUCUGGAAGUGCAAGGGUUGCAAGAAGAUCAUGGCUGGUGGUGCUUACACCGUCUCUACUACUGCUGCUGCCACUGUUCGUUCUACCGUCCGUCGUCUUCGUGAAUUAGCCGAAAUCUAAACACAUUUUAUACAUAACGACAUUUACUUUUUUUUUAUAUCGAAUAAAAAGUUAUCAUGGACGAACAAACAUUUGGAUUUUUAUUUUUUAUUGACCGUCAUUAAUUAAAUUUCGAUUGCCAUCAAAAUGAAUUUAUUUUAACAUCAUUUGAAUUUAUUAGAAGAUUUUUU